AUGUCCCGAGAUGAUUAUGACAACGCUAAAGCUUCGAAAGUACGAAUUUCUUGUAUGAAACGAUAUAUGCGAUUGACGUGGUUUCGAGUAUUAGCCUUGUUAUGUAUAUUAUUAUUAUUUGUAACUUAUAAUCGAAGGAACGUUGGUUUGACUUCAUAUGAAGAGCCAAUUUUUGAUAAAGAAUCUUUUGAUAAAACUGAACAGACACCUAUAGAAACACCAGCUCAAUCUUCAGCACAUUCAAUAGUUCAUGUUAAUUGGCAAGAACGUCAAAAUACCGUUCGAAAAGCAUUCAAGCACUCUUGGGAUGGUUAUGUUCGUGAUGCAUGGGGAUGUGAUGAGUAUCAUCCAAUCUCUCAUAGAGGGUCGAACCUUACCGAAAUUGGAAUAGGUUUUACGAUUGUUGAUUCCAUAGAUACACUAUUGAUAAUGGGCCUGAACGAUGAAUAUCAACGUGCUCGUGAAUGGGUUGCAAAUAGCCUGGAUUUUGACCAAAAUUACAAAGUAAAUGUUUUUGAAACAACAAUUCGUGUUCUUGGAGGAUUGCUAAGUGCAUACCAUUUAUCUGGUAAUGAUACCCUAUUUUUAUCCAAAGCAAUUGAUUUGGGGGAUCGUCUUCUAGGUGCCUUUGCUUCUUCGUCAGGAAUUCCAUUUGCAUAUGUUAAUUUGGCUUUGGGGAAAGGUAUUGUAUCACAUUUCUCUGGAGGUUUGAGUUCAACAUCUGAAGCUGCGACAUUACAAUUGGAACUUAAAUAUCUAAGCUAUCUUACUGAUAAUAAGGAAUAUUGGAAAAAAGCCGAAGAGGUUAUGUUUGCAAUUGAUUCACUUGACAAGGCCGACGGGUUGGUCCCAAUAUUCAUAAACCCAGAUGAUGGAAAGUUCGUCGGGAAAACCAUUACAUUGGGUGCUCGUGGUGAUAGUUAUUAUGAAUAUCUUCUGAAACAAUAUUUGCAGACAUCCCGAACCGAACCUAUUUAUCGAAGGAUGUACGAUCAUUCGAUGAAUGGUGUAAAGAUGCGUCUCGUUGAUUAUUCAUCCCCUUCAAAGCUUUUGUAUAUCGGAGAACUUAUUGGUCUUUAUGAUAGUUUAAAUUCAAAGAUGGAUCAUUUAGUAUGUUUUAUGGGUGGCAACUUGGGAUUAGGAGCUACACUUGGAAAAUCUAUACGUGAAAUGGAACAUCUUAGUUUUAAAGAAUUGGAGGAUUUGAGGUUAGGAAAAGAACUGACAAGGACUUGUGCAGAAAUGUAUUUCCAAACGGCAACAGGAUUGGCGCCAGAAGUUGCACAUUUCACAAGUUUAUCUGAUUCAUCAAACAAUGCAAAAGAUAUAUAUAUAAAAAGGUUAGAAAGUCAUAAUUUGCUUAGACCCGAAACUGUUGAAAGUCUAUUUAUAUUAUGGAGAUUGACGGGCGAUGUUCAAUAUCGUGAAUGGGGGUGGAAAAUAUUUGAAGCUUUCGAGAAAUAUGCAAAGUUUGAAGAUGGUGGUUACACUUCCCUUGACGACGUUACGUCUAUUCCGCCUGGUAGAAGAGAUAAAAUGGAAACGUUCUGGCUGGCCGAGACUUUAAAAUAUCUUUAUUUGUUGUUUGGUUCAAAUGAUCAAAUUCCACUUGAUAAAUAUGUAUUUAAUACCGAAGCACAUCCAUUACCUAUCUUUACCCCAUCACGAAAAAUCAGAGGACAAGGGUGGAGUCGUCAAUAA